CCACUUCCUCGCGCUCCCGUUCACAAUGCCAUAUUGAAGCGAGCCUACGCCUCGCGGUACUUGUCGUUGAAUCAUAGCGUGGCAGCGAGUACUCGCCAAGUCCUUCGAAGCAAUGGAAGAACUCCAGACCCAACACAGGAAAGAGCUGCGCGACCUUCAAAGUCGCAUCACGCAGAAGAAAAAGCAGGCAAGCAAGAAGACGCGCAAAGGCAUCAACGACGAAUGCGAUCGCCUCGAAGCGGAAACUAAGGAGCGACAUCAAGCAGAAAUCGCGGCGCUGAACGGACAAGACGCGGGAAACGAGGCAUUACCGAUCGAGCAGCUGGACGAGCUCACAUUGAAAGUUGACCACGCAGAAGAGGACGAGAGUACCAGUGGUACAGCGCAUGAUUCGGAGCGAACGCAUGCACAAACUACGCCAAACCCAGAAGAGGUGGAGUCAACAGCCGGCGGAAAGAAGCCCAGCCGCCAAAAGGCCCGCCUUGCGAGACGUGCUGCCGAACAAGAAGAGAUAGCGCGACAAGCUGCGGAGGAAGCAAAGAAUCUUCCGGACAUGAAAGAGCAAGAACGGUCACGCAUGAAAGACGCCUUGAAACAGCAUGGUCUGGUCGAGAAGGAGAUUCGUGCAGAUGGACACUGCUUAUAUUCGGCGAUUGCUGACCAACUGGAGCAGCUGGAGAUUCCCAUCGGAAGCUCUCCAAACGGCGAAGCUUUAGUCGGGUACAAACUUGUGCGGGCGAAGGCAGCAGAGUAUAUCCAGCAACAUGAGGAUGAUUUCGUGCCGUUCCUGGAAGAGCCAUUGCCGGACUAUGUGCACAAGGUCAGAAACACAGGCGAGUGGGGUGGACAGUUGGAGCUGAUGGCACUGGCGAAGACGUACACAGUCGACAUCAACGUCCUGCAGGACUUCGGGCGGGUGGAAAAGAUCGAAGGAGGGAGCGGAGAUGCGGCGGGCAAAAGCGCGUGGCUGGGUUACUACAAGCACGGAUUUGGGCUUGGAGAACACUACAACAGCCUGAGAAAGGCGGCUUGA